UCAAUAUUAUUAAACCAAGUUGCCUUUUCCUCUGUUUCAGCACACACAACAUAUAACAUAAGAAUCAAACACAAUGUUAGGUGCUUUGGACGAAACUACCCACAUUUUCAAAUCAAAGUUACCAGACAUACCACUUCCUAAUAACCUCCUCCUCCACGAAUACUGCUUCCUUAAACUUCCCGAUGUCGCCCACCGCACAUGCCUCAUCUCCGCCGCCAGAUCCUACACCUACGCCGACACUCACGGCGCCUCGCGGAAGGUGGCCGCCGGCAUGUCCAAGCUGGGCAUCCAGAAGGGCGACGUCGUCAUGAUUCUCCUCCCCAACUCCCCGGAGUUCGUGUUCACCUUCAUGGCGCUCUCCAUGCUCGGCGCCGUCGCCACAACCGCCAACCCCUCCUACACCGCCGCCGAACUCUCCAAACAACUAGCCGUCUCCAACGCCAAGCUCGUCGUCACCCUCUCCGCCCACGUCCACAAGCUCGAUCAGCAAGCGCAGCACCACUUCUUCAAGGUGGUCACCGUCGACGACCCACCGGAGAAUUUCUCGGCUUUCCCGGAGGGUGAAGAGAGUGAGGUUCCCGAGGUUGAGAUAUCAGUGGAGGACACGGUGGCGCUGCCGUUUUCGUCGGGGACGACGGGGCUAGCGAAGGGGGUGAUUCUGACGCACAAGAGUUUGGUAACCAGCGUGGCGCAACAGAUGGAGGGAGAGAACCCGCACAUGUAUCUGAAAGAAGAGGACGUUGUGCUGUGCGUGCUUCCUCUCUUUCACAUAUUCGCCAUGCACAUCGUGAUGAUGUGCGGGAUGAGAGCGGGGAGUGCCAUUUUGCUGAUCGAGAAGUUUGAGAUGAGGGCGCUGCUGGAUGCGAUUGAGCGGCACAGGGUGACGGUGGCGAUUCUGGUGCCGCCCCUGGUGGUAGCACUUACGAAGAACAGCGCGGUGGAGGAGUACGAUUUGAGUUCAAUACGAUUGGUGAUGUCGGGGGCUGCGCCGCUGGGGCUACAGGCGGAGGAGGCUCUGCGGAACAGGUUGCCUGACGCCAUUAUAGGACAGGGCUAUGGGAUGACAGAGAGUGGACCAGUCUUGACCAUGUCUCUGGGUUUUGCAAAGUUUCCAUUUCCAACCAAGUCUGGUUCGUGCGGAACUGUGGUGAGAAAUGCUGAAAUGAAGAUCAUUGACCCUCUGACUUCCUUCUCUCUUCCCCGUAACCACCAUGGCGAGAUUUGCGUCCGUGGCUCUCAGAUGAUGAAAGGGUACCUGAAUGACGAGAAGGCCACUGCAGAAACCAUUGAUGCAGAUGGUUGGCUUCAUACAGGUGACAUUGGCUACGUUGAUGAUGACGAUGAGGUUUUCCUCGUUGACAGGGCCAAAGAACUCAUCAAAUUCAAAGCCUUCCAGGUGCCGCCGGCAGAACUUGAAGACCUUCUCAGGAGCCACCCUUCCAUUGCAGAUGCAGCUGUUGUCCCGCAAAAAGACGACGCUGCUGGCGAAGUUCCAGUCGCUUUCGUUGUUGCCUUUGAUCUUACAGAAGAUGCUGUAAAGGAUUUUGUAGCUAAACAGGUAGUGUUUUACAAGAAGAUACACAAAGUGUAUUUUGUUGAUGCAAUUCCAAAGUCUCAGACUGGAAAGAUAUUAAGAAAAGAACUGAGAGCAAAGCUGGACAGCAUUAUUGAGCACAACUAA